UGAAUGUAGAUCCUCUCAUUUAUAAACAGACAUGAAAACUUGUCCAAAUUGUAACAAGAACAAAAAAAAUUUAGACAAUCAAGUCAAUAACGAGAAAGAACUAAAACUUAAUCAAAUUAUAGAGCCUUCAGUCUAAAUUAAAAAGCACCUUCUAAUUCUAAAAGUCAACCUGAUUUGACUGAUGAAAAUUAAAGUGUUUUCGUACCUUAUAGACAAAGAAACAUUUCAUAAAAUAGUAUCUCGAUUUCAUAUGAUAAUUCUGAAAAAAAAAAGAGCUUUUUACCAAAUAUGAAUAAUUAAGAUCCAAUGUUAUAAACUUUUGGAAAAUAAGUAAUCAUCCUUAAACCAAAGAGAUUUCCUACUGAGAUAUUUUAAGGAAAUGUGAGCAAGAUGAAGAAGCAAUUCUAAUAAAAUUAUUGA